CCAACUAAUCAACCCAAUUCAACCUCAAAAAAAUAUUUCUUUCAUUUAUCUAAGAGAGAUUAUGGAAAAGGAAAUGUGUGAUAUUUCUGUUGAGAAAAGGCUUAGACUAUUUGGUUUUGAGCUAAAUCCGAUAAAGAAUAAUAUUGAAGGACUUGUCAAAGAGUCUAAUGAAGGAGAUGAAAGUGUGAAUUCCUCUAAUUCUUUUUCAUCCGGAGAGAAAAUUGUGCAAGAAAAAGUUUCAUCUAGAGACCAACAAGAUGAGAGAAAAUUUGAGUGUCAAUAUUGUUUAAAAGAAUUUGCAAACUCACAAGCAUUAGGGGGUCAUCAAAAUGCACACAAGAAAGAAAGAAUGAAGAAAAAAAGAUUGCAACUUCAAGCUAGAAAAGCUAGCAUAAACUAUUAUUUACAACCUUUUCAAAAGAACCACCAUGGUUUUUCUUCUUAUCAUGGUUCUUCUGAUACUCAUUGGUUUUAUGACCCUUCUUCUUAUAACAACUCUGAAUUCUCUUUGUGUGAAGAGUCUCAAAUUAGUUUCAAGUCAAAGAAUGUUCAUGAUGCCAAUUCUUGGUAUUCUUUGCCUUCUCAUCAUCAUGUUCCUACCUCUCAACAAGAUACUUGCAUGUUCACUUUCUCUAAUAAUGAUGUUAGGCCUUUCAUUUUGGAUCCUUCUUCAAACCAAAGUCAUAGUAAAGCUUUAGAUCUUCAAUUAGGUCUCAACUUGGAGUCAAAUUCAAGAAGCUCUUUGAAAAGGAUAUAGUUUGGUAUAAGACAUAUGGAAGGAACUUUCUUGAAUUAUUUGAAUGCAUAAAUUCUCAAACAUCAAGGAAAUGAAAGAAAAACAAAAUCAUUAUUCUUUAGUGUUGGUUGGCCCUAACCCUACCGAACCAAUUAUUGAAGAGUAUCAAUUUUUAUGAUGUAUUUAUUUUAUGGUAUAUAGUCAUUGGCAAUUUAUUUCAUUCGUAUUACAU